AUGCAAGCGGUCAACGCGCCCGGGCUGCACCGGCCGAUCAUCAUUUUGAAGGCGGGCACGGAAGCCUCGAAAGGCAAACAACUCGUGCUGUCGAAUUUUCGCGCGUGCAAGAUGAUAAGCGACGUCGUGAAGUCGACGCUCGGCCCGCUAGGGCAGGACAAGCUGAUCACUGUGAACAAGCAGACGCACAUCACGAACGACGGCGCGACGAUCAUGAACCUGCUGAUGAUUGAGCACCCCGUCGCGCAGAUCCUCGCGGACGUCUCGCAGUCGCAGGACGCGCAAAUGGGCGACGGCACCACCUCCGUUGUGCUGCUCGCUGCGGAGCUCCUCGAGCAGGCGACCUGCUUCGUCGAGGCCGGCGCGCCCGCCGCACUCAUUUGCGCAGGCUACCGCCGCGCGUGCAACCUGGCGACCGCCUACCUGCGGCGCAUCGCGGUCGACUUUUCCGCAUUGAACCCCGCGGAGCUGCGUGAAAGAGUUGAGAAGUGCGCGAUGACGCCGUUGAACAGCAAGCUGCUUGCGACGAACAGGCGGUUCUUUGCGCGCAUGGUUUUUGACGGCGUCCACCAGCUGCUACAGCACAGCGACUCGUUUAAUCACAAGCUGCUGAGCAUUGUGAAGGUCCAAGGCGGCAGCGCAGAAGACUCACACUGGGUUCAGGGCGUCGUCUUUAAAAAGUGCUUCUCUUACGCCGGCUUCGAAAACGCGCCGAAACAGUUCAAGCAGGGUGCGCUCGUCGCGUUGCUCUCUUUCGAACUCGAACUCAAGGCCGAGAAGGAAAACGCCGAGAUUCGCAUCAACAACAUGGCGGACUACCAAAAGGUUAUCGAGGCAGAGUGGCAGAACUUAAUUGACAAGCUCGACGCGCUGGUUAACGCGCAGGUCAAUGUAGUGCUGAGCCGCCAGUGCAUCGGCGACAUCGCGACGCAGUACCUCGCGGACCGCGGAGUCUUCUGCGCCGGGCGCGUCGAGGCCGACGACCUGCUGCGCGUCUCGCUCGCGACCGGCGGCACCGUGCUGAACACCGUGCACGACUUGCGCAGCGAAGCGCUCGGCCGCGCCCGCAGCUUCGAAGAGGUGCAAAUCGGCAAGCACCGCUACAACGUGCUCACGGCGGAAAAGCCGAGCCCCGUUAGCACCAUUGUCGUCCGCGGCGGCGCCAAGCACUACCUCGACGAAGCGGAGCGCAGUCUGCACGACAGCAUCAUGAUCUGCGGCCGCACGCUGCAGUCAAAACUGAUUGUCGCAGGCGGCGGCGCGGUCGAAAUGGAGCUCUACGCGUACUUGCAGAAAGCCGCGCUGAAGGAGCACUACCGACUCCAGCCCUUCAUCCAGGCCUUCGCGCGCGCGCUCGAAGUGAUUCCGCUCACGCUUGCUGCGAACUCCGGGCUCGACAGCAUGCGCACGCUAGUGCAGCUGCGCAAGCUCCACCACGCGUUGGCCGAAGAACACCGCUGGAAGGGCGUCGACUGCUUUGAAAGCUCCGGCGGCCCCGUCACGAACAUGUACGAGGCUUGCGUCUGGGAGCCAUACGAAGUAAAAAACCACAUGCUGAACGUCGCGCUAGACGCGGCCAGUUUGAUUAUCAACAUUGACGAAAUGAUCACGAACCCCAGCUCGAACCCAGCGCCGAACAACUAG